CUGCUGCCAACAGAGCUCUGACUGACAGACAGACAGACAGACAGUGAGAGAGACAGAUUACCAAAAAGAGAAAGAAAACAGUGUGGAUUCAAGAACUAAGAGAACGAAUGAAAGAAGAACAAGGAAGGACUAAGAAGAGUGGAAGAGAGCUAUAAAGUAGAGGUGGUGUGCACUGACGCAGAUCAAUUGCUCUUCUCCACUUUUGGUUUGGAAGUGUAGUGCGUCUGUCUGUCCAUAUAUCAUCUUGGUUAAUCAGUGGUCUUGAGAUACAGUAAAAGUUUAACAGCUUCAAAAUCAUUCUGUCAGUAAAAACCUUUAAAGAAAGAAAAAACAAGUUUAUCUGACUGUCAGCACAGAAUCAGUUUGAAAAUCUGUUGACCUGACUGAUAAAAAGCUAUCAUCUAACCAGCCAACACAUCUCAAUGGCUCCCAAGAAGAAGUCACAACGCCCUAAGAAGUUCAUUUCUGAACCAACAACAGUUGAGAGUGGAGUGGUUGUCCCAGAGCCUGGUGUUAAGAAGCUGGAGGUUCCUCUUAAUGUUCAGCAGCUGAAUCGGCUCAAUGGGGUGCCCUUUCCACCCCCUGUGAUUCGACCUGGGGAGAGAGGUUUUGGCCUGGGCAGUGAGCUCACCCGUCCCCUACAUGGAUCGGCUCUGCUGGAGGAGCUGAGUCGCAUGAGACAGGAACGAUUCCUCACUGAUAUGGAAAUGGCCUGCAAAACCAAGGCAUUUGAUGUCCACAAGCUAGUAAUUUCCUCAGUCAGCCAGUAUCUUCGUGAAGUCCUGGCCAAGGACCCUGGACUGAAACGACUGGAACUCCCGACCCUCUCCCCUCUCGGACUUGCCAAUGUGAUUACUUUUGCUUACCUGGGCCGUGUACACAUGUCCCUGUACACCAUUGGCUGCACGGUGUCUGCAGCCAGCACCUUGCAAAUCCCUCAUCUUCUCCAGAUGUGCAUGGACUUCCUGAUGUCCGAGCUGAAUGUGCACACUUGUGUGUAUGUGUGGAACAUCGGCGCUGCAUAUGGCCUGAUGCCUGUUCGAGAGGCAGCACGGCGCUACAUUCUGGACAAUUUUACCCAGUUUUCUGAGACAACCCAAUUCAACCAACUCACCCUGGAGCAGAUCACAUCUUUCCUGCAAGAUGACAACCUAUCUCUUCCUUCAGAGGUCACCACCUUUCAGAUUGCAAUGAAGUGGAUAGACUUUGACCCAAAGAGGCAGGAACAUGCUGCAGAACUGCUGUCUCACGUGCGUUUUGAGACCAUCCCUGCGAGCGCGCUGGUUAGUGAGAUCCAGCCAGUGGCACGCAUGAUGCUAGAUCCUCAGUGCCACCGUCUUCUGGUGGAUGCCAUGAACUACCAUCUGCUGCCCUACCAGCAGAACACACUGCAAUCACGGCGCACAAAGGCCCGCGGAAGCCAGAAUGCUCUUCUAACCAUUGGGGGUCGUCCUUCACUAACUGAGCGUGCCCUAAGUCGAGAGGUGCUUUGGAGAGAUCCACGAGAGGGAACGGCUACAUGGCGUCAUCUUACUCAGCUGCCAGCCAAGAGUUUCAACCAGUGUGUGGCUGUGAUGGAUGGAUUCCUGUAUGUGGCAGGAGGAGAAGAUCAGAAUGAUGCCCGAAACCAGGCUAAACAUGCUGUUGGCACUCUUAGCAGAUAUGAUCCUCGCUUCAACACUUGGCUACAUCUUACCAGCAUGCGCCAACGACGUACCCAUUUCAGUUUGGUGGCCACUGGUGGGCGGCUGUAUGCCAUUGGUGGCCGCAACACUGAUGGCCUCUUGGCCACCAUUGAGAGCUACCAGCCCUCUUCCAACACCUGGCAACUCCGUACGCCAAUGGAUAUGCCACGAUGCUGCCAUGCCAGUGCUGUCCUUCCAUCGGGAGACAUCUUGGUGACUGGUGGGUAUGUUAACUGCGCUUACUCUCGCUCUGUCAUUAGUUAUAGCAUUGACAGCAACACUUGGAGCGAGCAGGGAGAGUUGGAAACACCUCGUGGCUGGCACUGCUCUGCAACAGUAGGUGGCAAGGUGUACGUGGUAGGAGGUAGCCAGCUUGGUCCCGGUGGAGUCCGCAUUGAUGUGAUGACCAUGGAAGUCUUCAACCCUGAGAGCAAGGAGUGGACCAGAGCUGCUAACCUGCCACUGGGAGUAAGCACAGCUGGUUUGUCUCCACUGGGAAAUCACCUAUACCUGCUAGGAGGAUGGAAUGAAGCAGAGAAACGUUACAAGUCAGCAGUCCAACGCUAUGACCCAGGCACUGACAGCUGGGCAACAGCUGAAGACCUGCCAGAACCCAUAGUGGGAGUGUCCUGUUGUGCCCUUCCCUUGCCCCCACGCCACACGACACGAAGACACCGGAACACACCUUCCCAUGAAAGGCAGAGCAGUGCAUAACACUGCAUGAGAAAGACAAGCUGGUGAAAGACAAAGAGCAAGAAAGAGACAGGGAGAAAGGAGAGAAUGUUGAGUGUAGAAAAAGACAGCAAGAGAGAGAGAUGUGUAGGUGACAUGGAAAUUUAGAACAGAAUGUAGAGAAUAACAACAUGAAGGGAAAAGCACAGAAGUCUUUGUUUUUAAGCCUUGUUCUUAAAACUCCAAAGUACACAGUGAGUUCAAAGAAAAGGUACUACCUAGGGCCCACUUAUAAAGAAUGUUAACAGGUACAUUUCACAAGAGCCUCUGCAGUGCGAGGAAUUUAGUGAGGUAUCUGCUUAGUUUCUGUGAAUGAGUUUUAGAUACUGAGCCAUACAGUUUUAUUAAAAAAAUAACUAUAAUGGGAUUAUCACCGUUUUAAUUCAGUAGUACUGAAUUAAGCCUUAUCAGUUUAUUUAUUUCUCACAUUAUUUAUUGAUUUUUU